AUGAAAGAGAUGCCUCACUACUCUAAUUUCCUAAAAGACCUUUUGAAUGGAAGGAGAGAAGUAGAAACCGUUAGCCUAACCGCAAAUUGUAGUGAUAUUCUCUCUAGUAAGCUACCAACCAAAUUGCAAGAACCCGAUAGUUUUUCCAUCCCUUGUUCUAUCAAUGCGGUUCAUUUGGGGAUGGAUUUGUGUGAUCUAGGUGCUAGUGUGAGCUUAAUGCCCUUCUCGGCCUACCAAAACCUUAAUGUGGGAAGCCUUUCACCUACAAACAUCACCCUCCAACAAGAGGAUAGGUCCACAAAAUUGCCUAUAGGGAAAGUAGUGGACGUGCCCCUUAGAGUUGGUACGUUCACUUUUCCGGUGGACUUUUAUGUUCUUGAGAUGGAUGCAGAUGAAAGAAUUCCUAUAAUUUUUGGUAGGCCAUUCCUAGAUACUUCUAAAGCAAUCAUUGAUGUCAAAGAAGGUAGAUGA